GGCUGGUUGAGCAUUAACAAUGGCCCUUUCUCCUUCCCAGAUAAGAAUUUGGAUAACCCGGAGAUUGCUGCUGAGCGGUUUAAAUUGAUCCAGGCAGCGUAUGAUGUACUGAGCGACCCUCAGGAAAGAUCAUGGUAUGACAGCCAUCGAGAGGCGAUUCUGAGGGGGGGUUUGAAUGCUGAUUAUGAAGAUGACAGUGUGGAUUUACUGCAGUAUUUCACCUCGGCCUGUUACUCUGGCUAUGGUGAUGAUGAGAAGGUCAGUUGCAGAAUCGCUUGGCAAAUGGUAAUGUCGUUCCCAGGGACAGGCUCUGCUGUGCUGUCUGGUUACUCAGAAUGAGUGGGCCCUGACUGAGCUACCCGUUACUGCUCCCUGUCAGUGCUGGUCACAUCCUAGCUAUGUGCCACAGUGCUCAGGGAAGGUGCCAGCCUACUCCUCAAUCAGCUGCACACCCAGGGACGGUGAGAGACAACACUCUCCAAGGGCUCACGUCCUUCCUGUAGUGAUUUACGCCCCCCCCCCUCACUCUAGUGCCCUCUUGCUGUGGUAUUUACCUCCUCAAGAAUAGGGCCCCUCUUCUUGGUGACGUCAUUCCCUGAAAACCCCUUGUCUGAUGUUUACCCGCCAGAAUGUCCCCGUUCCCUCCGUCUCUAUCUGAGAUU